ACCUGAGUGACGGGACCAGGUCACCAAAGGCUCAACAAGCGGGCCGCAACUGCAGCAUUCGGUGAUCUCGUCGCUUAAUGUGCCUGCCUUCUCGUCGACAUGGUCGCAACAGCAAAACCAUGAAUAUGUUAAAAGCAAAGAUAUUGUGUCUGAUAUUUGCCAACCUGUAAGGGCACAUAAUCAGUGGACUCCCAUGAUGUUGUGUUUGGGGCACGAGACACCUGAACAACUGGAACCAGGCAAUGAUGGAAGUGAUACGGAGUACUCCGUAUAUUGUCCGAUUUUACGGAUAGAGGUUCAAGGCUUGGCAUUCUAGAACGGAUCGCCUACCAGGUUGCGCAGUGCAGCGCCCCACCACGCAUCCCAGAAAUUCUGGUCUUGGCAAGGAUUCAUGGCUUCCAUAACUUUAUACUCAAAAGUUCACCUUCAACAAAAGCUGUUUACACGCUCAGCAGGCGGAGGAUGUGGGCAGCGCGAAGGAUGGCAUCGACAAUAUCGGCUUCUUCUCCAGCGCUAACAUUCGAGCUGGUUGCGCGGUGCUCGACAACCCGCGCUCGCGCAUCCGUCUUGACCCUGCCCCAUGGCCCUGUCCCGCUCCCGAUCUUCAUGCCCGUGGCCACCCAGGCAUCGCUGAAAGGCCUUACACCGGAGCAGCUGGAGGGCACGGGAUGUCGGCUCUGCCUCAACAAUACCUACCAUCUCGGCCUCAAGCCGGGGCAGGAGGUGCUGGAUGCGGUUGGAGGGGCUCAUAAGCUGCAGGGGUGGAAGCACAAUAUCCUCACAGAUAGCGGCGGCUUCCAGAUGGUCUCACUCCUGAAGCUCGCCAACAUCACCGAGCAGGGCGUGCGCUUCCUAUCCCCCCACGACGGAACCCCAAUGCUUCUCACGCCCGAGCAUUCGAUAAGCCUCCAAAACUCGAUCGGCUCCGACAUCAUCAUGCAGCUAGACGACGUGCUGGUCACGACCUCCCCUGACAAGGCCCGCAUGCGCGAGGCAAUGGAGCGCAGCGUGCGCUGGCUCGACCGGUGCAUCGCGGCGCACAAGCACCCGGACCGGCAGAACCUGUUCUGUAUCAUCCAGGGCGGCCUGGACCUGGACAUGCGCCGCGAGUGCUGCCGGGAAAUGCUGGCGCGCGACACGCCGGGGAUUGCCAUUGGCGGCCUGAGCGGCGGCGAGGCCAAGGACGACUUUUGCAAGGUUGUCGCCGCCUGCACCGAGCUCCUCCCGGACCUCAAGCCCCGCUACGUCAUGGGCAUUGGCUACCCGGAAGAUUUGGUCGUGAGCGUCGCCCUGGGGGCCGACAUGUUUGACUGCGUCUGGCCGACACGCACCGCUAGGUUUGGCAAUGCCAUCACCAAGCACGGCGUGCUCAAUAUGAAGAGGGAGCUGUAUGCGGCUGACUUUGGGCCCAUCGAGGACGGCUGCGGGUGCCCGUGCUGCAGGCCAGCCGAGGAGGAGGGCGCCAUGGGCAUCACCAGGGCUUUCGUGCAUCACAAUGCCGCCAAGGAAACGGUGGCAGCGCAUCUGCUGACGCUACACAAUGUGUGGUAUCAGUUGAGUCUGAUGAGACAGGCUAGGGAGGCCAUUAUUGCCGAUAGAUUUCCUGAUUUCGUUCGAGAAUUCUUUAGAAAUCUAUACCCAGAAAGGAGUAGUUACCCAGCGUGGGCAGUCACCGCCCUGAAAGGCGUCGGCAUUGACUUGCUGGAAACAUAG